GUCUCAGAAUGCUGCAGGGUCCCAGGUGUUUUGAGUUUUCUACAAAGAACUGCCACCCGAAAGGCGUGCCUCAGAGGAAGCGUGACAAUACAAAUGGUCAGUUGCCCACCUUUGGGAAGAUAACCUGGGCCUCUCCCUACAUACCAGCAGGAGCCGCACCGCACCUCCAACCCCGCACAGCUGCACACCCAGGUUUUGGGCCCUUCCGGCAGCACCUGGUGAAUGCCAGCUGGGAAGCGGUGAAGGAGCUCAGCAAGCUGGGCCUGGGCGGUGACUUGGGAGUGGAGCUGCGGACUCUUGAGCUGCCCGUGGACUACAGGGAGGUCAGGAAGAGGGUCACUGGGAUCUGGGAAGACCUACAGCCGCAACUCGCUGUGCACGUGGGCAUGGAUGCCUCCGCCAAGGUGAUCAUUCUGGAACAGUGCGGCAAGAAUCGCGGCUACUGGGAUGCAGACGUGCGGGGCUUCCGACCGGAGGGUGGCGUGUGCCUCCCAGGUGGCCCGGAGGUGAUGGAAUCUGUGGUCAGCAUGAAGGCGGCCUGCAAACACUUCGCCCUGUAGGGUGUCGACAUGGCCUUUUCCCGAGAUGCGGGCAGGUACAUCUGCGACUACGCCUACUAUCUGUCCCUGUAUCUGGGAAACCGGUGCGCGGUGCUCGUCCACGUGCCUCCCUUGUCGCGCUGUCUCUCUGCGCGCCUGCUGGGAGAAGCCUUACAGGUUAUUGCCCGGGCCCUGUUGGAGCAGAGCUCCACAGCCUGUGCCCAGAGCCUGGCUGGCAGAACACCCGACCACGUGGAUUCUGACCAUGGAGAAUGGCCGGGUGAGUCGUCUUCAGACAAAAUGCAGCCCCUCAGCCCUCGGGGGAGUUCACCCGUGGUUUGCUAG